GUUUAUGCUCCUUGGUAGAACGGAGGGACGAUCUCGAUCUCCAAUGCUAGUCGCAUUUUUUAGUGAGUUUCAGAUAUGCUGGCGUGUUGCAAUUUGAUUAUACACUCCACAAUUGUCGGGAUCGCUGGGACUUUUGCUUUUCGCUGUAUGACAAACUCAGGUUUCAUCGAAAGGCGCUUCCCUAUGCAAAAUUUUGAUUCAGGAAACUAGCUAUCAAGAGGCACGACGACCUGCACAUGGGUUCCUUGUUUGGUGAUCAUUUUUAUGAAGCGCAUAGUAAUACUGAGUAUGAGUUGUUGUUUAUCCCCAUUCAUUGUUCAUGCCUUGUCAGCUCUUGCUACCGAGUCCAACCAUCAAACAUGUGUGCAAUAAAAAAGCGACCUGUGUGCUGAAUUUGAAUAAUGUACAUCACUGUCAAGAUGGGAAUGGGAUAUGAAAUGAUGCGAAUUAGUAGCGCGGAAAGGUACUUCUAAGACUAACUACACAACGAAGCUGCAAAAGCGUUCGAGCUACUGCUUCUGCUGACUCUCAGCGGAACCUACUGUUGCAGGCGGGAGUUGGAGUAGAUUGAGAUUCUAUCUGUCGUCCGUGUGCGCUCUCGGUGCUGCAGGAUGGGACGUAAGAAGAACCUUGGGCAAAAGGAAAAGGAGCCCGUGGGGCCCGAUGGAAAGAGGCGAUUCAAGUACUUCAACUACUACGAUGACAGGGAAUUUGAGACGGAAGAGCAACUGAUCCAAUACCAGCGCCAACGGCACUUCCGAUGCCCCGAAUGCGAAGUAAAGGCCCACUCCGCCGGCGCGCUUGCGGUACAGUGCUUUAUUUUUCUUUGUGGCCGUCGUCGUUGCAUGCAUCCAAAUCCAUUCGAAUGUGUCAUAGCUGCAUCUUUUUUCCGGUAGCACCACGGUAGGAGCGCUAAUUUCAUUAGAUCAGAUAAAUCUCUACUGGUUUUUCUACGUAUUUGUGUACAAAUACAACAUGCUCUGGUGGUUUUCAGGUUCACAUGGAGCAAGUACACGGACGGGUUUUGAAAGAAGUUCCGAAUGCACUACCGGGCAGAAACGAUCCGAGGAUGUUAAUCAUCGGCUUGAAGGGAGUACCUCCCCACCUGCUGUGGCAAAAAGCCCAAGGCUACGAAUUGGUUUCAAGCUCGUGUCGCCACCCCGAUUGUCCUGCGAACUCGUCAUGCAAAUUGAAAGAUGUUUAUGUUUUGAAUCAGAAGCCCAAAUUCAGCUUCGGUACUGUUCUAUGUAGUAUUCAGCCGGGCACGGAGAUUGUACCCGUACAGGUUCGGAAUUAUGAUUUUCAACGGCAAGAAGAAAGCAAAAAGAAAAAUCAGAUAAAUUUUUGUUGUACCCUUACUUAGUGUCACUGCCUCGUUGCAAAAAGCGGAAAAAUUGCAUUUUGCUGUUGGGGGGAAAGCGGCACGUUGUUUUCGCUGUAUAGCAGCACGGACUUUGAGGAACAUGCCUUAAGGAUAGUGCAACAAGAAAUGAACAAAACGGGUGGGACCGCAGCUGCAGCAGCCGCGGGAGCUGCAGCCGGAGGCAUGGCGGUCCCACCCAUACAGCCCGGCAUGAUGAUGCCUGGCGUGCUAGUGCCGCCACUAAUGCCCCCCGGAGCUCCGGGGCGCUUGCAGGCACUGCCGCUACCCGGGAUGAUGAUGCCCCCCGGCGCUCCGGGCGGUGCCGGGAUGCCUGGUAUUUUUAUACACAUAGAUAUUGUAGUGCUGCCCUUUUAUGAUCAUUGCGCAAAAAGAUUAUCGUGAUGUUGCCUGCUGCACAGUACGUUAUGUCAUUCAGCUGAAAACAGUUUCGCUCUGAAAAAUCUUCAUGCCGACGAAAGUCGAAAAUUACCAAGAAUGAUUCUUGGUAAUUUUCGACUUUCGUCGGCAUGAAGAUUUUUCAGAGCGAAACUGUUUUCAGCUGGACGAGCCACCAGCGCCUCACUGUGGAAUAAUUGACACUAACUCAUUGUCGCUCUUAUGGAAAAAAUUGAAAAAAUGUCACAGGAAUGCCACCGAUGAUGCCGCCAGGGACGAUGCUGCCACAAAUGAUACCGGGAAUGGGAGCUCCCAUGUUGAUGAAUCCAAUGAUGGUUCCGCCUGGGCACGGUAUGCCUGGCCUAACGAAAGGUGGCGGCGCGGCAUCGUCAAGUAGCGCUCUGCCGUCGACAAUGCAGAGCGCUGCCGGAGCUCCUCCUGGUCCUGCAGGGCAAAUGCAGGUACUCAAAACUUCUCGCAUCGAAGAAGGUCGACUCUACCUUUGCAAGACAGCUUAGUCUUCUACUUUUAGUUUUACUUGGUGUUUUUCUUCAAGUAUUUCUGUUUGCUAUUGCGCUUGGGAUUGAGGAAAGGGGACAAAAAUAACCCUAAUAACAGGACCACUACGCGGCCGCCGCACGCGAUAGGGACGACCAAGCAUCGCACGAGCAGUCUAAGACGCCACAGAGCAGAAACCAUAAGGGGACCACAUCAAAGGGUCGCUAUGACAAGAACACUGGCGGAAUGAUGAAGGGCACAUCGGCCAACGCGGUUCCUCUAGGAGCGAACAAAUUUGUAAAUAAUUUUUCCGCUGGCGGUGGAAGCAGCGAGGGAGCAGUGAACUACCCUGCCCCGGCCGAUACGGGUGGAAGCAGAGCAAACGAUAGCUCAACUACUGUCCCGCUGUUGUCCAGCGGCAAUGUCGAAGAUCUUCAGGGGAACAGAAUACUGAUGAACCACCCCGGAGGUCAGCACGGUCAGCACCAGCAAGGCGGCAAUUUUCCGUCGCAAGUGCAGUCACAGACGCUCAACAACGUGAACUUCCCGGAACAAACCGGUGACCCACCACCACCCUUGUCGGUUUCGCAAUUUCAUCCCAGCAUGACGCAACUGCCACAGCAAAGCAGCCUGCUGACCGGGAGCAUGGGUCAGUUUGCUUACCGGCCGCCUCCUCCGAAUCCUGGUUCGAUACAUCAACCGGGGACCGCGGCUCCCGCACUGGCACUGUCCAGCGGGACCACGGUGGGCAUGAACCAGCAUCAGCCGUCCCCCAUGCCGGCUGCGGAUCCGGUAGCGUCGCUUUCCCUGGGUCUUUCCGCCGCGCCGAAGAAAGCGGGCUCGGUCCUGUCCUCCGCGGCUGGCGGUGUGCAGCGAGAGAGAUCUCCGCGACGGGGACCGCCCACUGGGCCAGACGGAAAUAAUCACUUUUCAGCUACUGGCGGAGAGUUAAUACAACAAUUCCCCGCACCGGGCGGCCCUGGGGCGCGUCCCGGCUUUCCACCGCUGGUACUCAAAGCCGCAAUUUUUGAUGUGAUAGAACGUGUUGCUGCUGCAUCUUCGACAGCACCUCCUAGUUUGUUUUUUUUUGUGUUGUAAGUACAUACAACUACGGGAGGACGUAACGCCAGCGACAUUUAUAAUUCAAACUUUCACUUUGUCAGAUCGCGAAAACCGCGGGUGGACCCUUCACGAGCUCCGUCGGGGUUGUCAAGGCGAGAGCGACAGCGGAUCCCUACGGCUUCAAAAUGGCCGAGGUGCAAAGCAAUCAGGUUCUCAACUGGCCCUACAUGUUUGUGCAGCCAGAGGAAAUCCGGGCGUCCAAGGUGCCCGACCUACGCAUGGAAGUAAAGUAUGGCAUGGAUGACGGCACAAAGCCCUGA